AUGGAGAAGAAAGCAAUUCUAGAAGAACAUUUAAAGAAGUCACAACAGAAUAAAAUAUCACCAAUCAAUUACAAGAAAAGAUUCUUUGUUCUGACAAAAUCAAACACUUCUGAUUAUGAAUAUGGCAAAGAAAGUGAAGGGGGAUCAAUUAGGAUUGAGAAAAUUCAAUUUGUUAAGACAGUGAAUAUUGAGGAAACAAUGCCUCCUGCAAGACAGUAUUCUUUUCAGGUGAGCCAUGAAAUUUGUUACAUUUAUGUUUCUUCUUGUACUGCACCACCUUAUCAUUUAUUUCAUCUGUCUUCAAAAUCGGAAGCGCAGAAGCCUGUCCUGCCCCCAGGGCUGCCACCAGACAAAACAGCCCUGAAUAUGGCUGUGGCUCAAUGCAACCAUGAAGGCAGAGGAAAUUCAGCUAUCCAGCUUGUCAGAAGCAAUAAAUACUGUGUAUCACAAGAAAAUCAUUCUGACUGGUGGAAAGUAAGGGAUUUGGAAGGACGUGCACAAGAGGUUCAGAGUGAAAUUCAAGGAAAAGAAGGUGCUUUCCUGGUUUAGUCUGGCUAGGCAGGAAUUUACACAGUGUCUAUAUUCAACAAGAUGAACCUAGGUAAAAAAGGAGCAGUUAAGCAUAAAUGUGUACAAACCCCUGAGAAGAAGUACUACUUCCCUGAAAAUUACAGCUUGGAAUCAAUUCCCAAAAUUAUAUACUACCACCAGCACAACUUAGCUUUCUGGAGAUUUUUGACAAUUUAUGCUCCAGACUUGCUUCAUUUUUCAACAGGGGUGCAGUCCCACCAGGCUGCUAGGAACUGUUUGAUUGACAGCAAACUUACUGUGAAAGUACCUGACCUUGGGAUGACAAGGGAUGUUGUGGAUAACCUGUGUAUAAGUUCUCUAGGAACCAAGUUUCCAGUGAAGUGCUCAGCAUCAGAAGUUUUUCAUCACACCAAAUUUAGCAGCAAGUCAGAUGCAUGCGUCUUUAAUGUCUUAAUGUGGGAGGUGUUCACUUUGGGAAAGCAGCCCUAUGAGCUUCAUGGAUUGCAGAAAGCUUCUCAAGGAUACAGACCACAGCAGGUUCCAAACAUCACCUACCAGAAAAUGGAUAACUGCUGGUAUGAGCUACCAGAACAGCACCCUGCUUUUUAUCAGCUGUUACCAUUCUUUUGA